AUGGAGUUUGAAAUAGAUGACAAAAGAAGUUUUAUAACAUUUCCUAACAGAGCAGAGUAUAGAAUAGAUAAAAUUGCUGGAGUCAUAGAUACUCUCAUAAAUGAAGAAACUAUUGACAACAUAGAUGUCGAACUCUCUUCUGAGGGAACAUUGAAGUUCAGUAGCAAGAAAGAGUUUAAGAUAACACGAAUGAGUCAUAGAGUACAACUUCUUCUGGGAGCAUACCAUAUGACAUUUCCUUUGAAAAGUGUUGACAAAACGAUUGAGAUGAAAUCUGUUCCAUACGUAUGUUAUGGUAAUUGUUUGUACGUUGAGUCAAAAAUAGCUAAUGUCACAGGUAUUUCAGGAGUUAAUAGUAAAGGUUCAGUAGAAUAUAAAUCCUUCUGUUAUGCAGUCAAUUCAAUGUUCAUUCCAAACGUUCCUGUCAUAGCAACUCAUUUAGGUAAAUGGGUUCGCAUUAGUCCUCAUAAUUUGAAAGACAUGCAAUUCAGACUUGUUGACUUUCAAGGAGAGCCUGUAGAACUGAAGGCACCAGUGCGAAUGACUGUUGAAGUUGACUUUUUAGAAAAUAUUAAAUGCAACAGCUUACAAGAGAACUCAGAGCUAAAAAUAUAA